AUGCUCGAAUUGAUGAAACCAGUUUUGGAUCCUCAGAAUACUUGCAUUGUUUCAAAAACAGUCUUCGAAAAGACGCCAAUACGCGCUAUAUUUGGCGGUCAGUUGAGAUCGAAAAUCAUGCGAGCUGUAGAUGUUUCCACGGUGAAUAUUCAACUCUUCCUGACUAUGCAACUGAAUGUAGACAGAGUGAAGAUGAUCAGAGAGACUCUGGAGACACUUGUUAAUAAGGAGCAUCUGGAAGGAUUGACUUCUCCUAACAUGAAUGAAGUGGUUCAGGCGUGGCAGCAAUUGAUCUUGGAUGUGCUGCCAGUCAUUCUCAUUCUGCAUCUGAAAUUUCUCGAUUUCAAGCCAGACGGUUGUACGAAGAUCAUCAAUGCGUUGGAAUUCCCUGUCAACCUAGAAAUCGAAUCGAGGUUAUCUUCGAAGUCACAAACGCCCGAAGGAAGAAAUUAUAAGUUGUUUGCCGUGGUCUACCACGUCGGUGAUAAGGCAACUAGGGGCCACUAUUUUACCGAUGCCUUCCAAAUGGAACAUGCCUGUUGGUUGCGCUUCGAUGACGCCACCGUUAGGACAAUCACCGAACAGCAAGUGUUGCAGCCGCAGGACACACAAGUGCCUUAUUUACUCUUCUACAGACGGGGGAUACUAUCGGGUGGAAUAUUUGACGUCUAG